AUGGCGCUGUCUAAAGAUUUCAGAGGGAUUAUGUGUGUUGUUUUUGUCCCAGACUUGUGUUGGCUGUACUUGGAGCAGAGUGACUUCCACGAGCGUUUUUCUGGAGGCGACUUCAUCGUGGACCGCUCAUCUCAGUCUGUCACCUGCCAAACCUUUGAGCUCACGCUGCGCUCCUGCCUCUACCCCCACAUCGAGCGGAGGUACAUCGAGUGCUGCGGGAACCUCAUGAAGACUCUGAAAAAAGACUACAGGCUGCUGGAAUACCUCCAAGCUAUGAGGAACUACUUUCUGCUGGAAGCUGGAGACACCAUGUACGACUUUUACACGGCCAUCUUUGACAAAGUGCAGGAGAAGGAGAGCUGGCAGCAGCUGUCUUUUCUCAACGUGCAGCUGCAGGAGGCGGUGGGACAGCGCUACCCUGAGGACAGCAGCAGGUUGUCGAUCUUCUUGGAGGCCAUCGACCCAGCCAGGAAAAAACAUCCUGUGAAUAAUCUUGAAGUGCUCACCCUGAGUUACAAGGUUCCCUGGCCUGUCGACAUUGUGAUCAGCUCCGAGUGUCAGAAGAUCUACAAUCAAGUGUUUCUCCUGCUGCUGCAGAUCAAAUGGGCCAAAUACAGUUUGGACACAGUUCGGUUCAGCGAUUUCACAGACAUCACAAAGAAACUGGAAGGAGCUCUGGCUGAGGAAGUAAAAGUCAAGGAGCCUAUAAAUCAGCAGAUUCACCGGAUGUGUCUGCUGAGGGUCAAACUGAUGCACUUUGUCAACAGCCUCCACAACUACAUUAUGACCAGAAUUCUGCACAGCACGGGACUGGAGUUUCAGCACCAGGUACAGGAAGCAAAAGACCUGGACCAGCUGAUCAAGAUCCACUACAGAUAUCUGGCUACUAUUCAUGACCGAUGUCUACUGAGGGAGAAGGUCAGUUUUGUGAAGGAAGCAAUAAUGAAGGUUCUCAAUCUGGUCCUCAUCUUCUCUGACCGCUGGCAAGCUGGAUUCGGAGCCUGGAAGAUUGAGUCCAUUGAUAAAAUGGAAUCAGAUUUCAAAAACUGUCACAUGUUCCUCGUGACGAUACUCAAACAAGGCUGUAUGUCGCGGCUCCUUCCCUCAUUUGGAGUCUCUGGCCCUCUCUCUGAUGGCAGGAUUCGAGCAGUGCUGAGGAUCUGUGCAUGUGUCUUUUUUGAUGUGAUGGACUGAACUCCACUGUUUGCUUCUGUGUCUCGUUGCUGUCUGCUCUCUGACUGCUGUCGUUGUUCACGAUGAUGUGCAACAUAUGAUGUCAUUAUCUGUUCCGACUGUCAGAGAUGGACUCGGACUGCGCUAUGUUGGGGGAUCAUUUGUGUCUUUUUUAGACCCAUAAUCCUCAAACUUCUUGUGAACAGUUGCUUCUAUAUUUAAAAAUGUGUAACUUUUGUACAUUUUUUAAGGCACUGUUGUAUUGAUUGUAAAUAAUGUGUACAUAUGAAACACAAUGACUAUUGCACAAUGUUGUAGGUAUGUACCAAGAUGUUAUUCACCAUAAUAUAACACUGCUUUAUAAUAAAAGAUUGUAGCGCUGACGAUGUAAUCAGUUAAUUUGAUGAUUUUUUUUUGCAACAAAAACUAAA